AUGGCUGCAAAAACUUCCCCUUCAGGGGUAGCAACUACAGCAGACCCACCCGACAAAAACGACCGCACUCUUCCGGAAUUCAUGGAUAAAAAUGGCAUGUUUGGAAAACUUAUAGUACUUUCCUUAAGCCCAGCUGAUGAAAAACAACCCUUGCCGAAAAACCCUUUCCUUAUCAGCAAAUCCAUUGACCAAUCAAUAGGAAAAAUCGAUGCUGCUUAUACGGAAAAUAAUGGUACGAAGUAUGUCAUCAAAACACGUAGUGAAAAACUUGCCACUAAACUGAUUCAGAUGACAGAGUUGAUUGAUGGAACAAAAGUUAAGGUCAUCCCUCAUCCCGUUCUCAACAUUUGCCGUUGCGUGAUAAGUUGUAAGGAAGCAAUAGAUCUGACCGAAGAGGAAUUUGAAACUGAACUGAAAGGGCAAGGAAUACUUAAAGUUCGUCGGAUUACUCGUACGGAAAAUAAAAAACGAGUCAAUACCCCGACAGUCGUGUUAACAAUUUCAGGAACAGUUAUUCCUAGAGAAGUUCGGGUGGGUAUCAUCAACUGCAGAACGCGCAUAUUCUACCCUUCCCCGUUAGUCUGCUACCAGUGCUGCUCCUAUGGACACACUAAGGAGAAAUGCAGCAACGAAUCAACAUGUCGGAAUUGCUCCAAAACACACGAGCUCGAUAAGGAAGAGGAAUGUAAGGAAGAUCCUUUCUGUAAGAACUGUUCCGGAAAUCACUCUCCAAUUUCACGCAAGUGCCCUCUGUAUCGAAAGGAGGAAGAAAUUAUUAAGAUAAAAGUCGAGAGCGGAAUAACAUUCGGGGAAGCCAGAAAAGAGUACGCUAAAAAAUACGCGGAAAAUUCUUAUGCCAGCGUCUGUGGCGCACAGCAACGCCUUGACCAAACACGCAGAGUACAGGAAAAAGACCUGCAGAUUGCAAAGCUCAUUGCAGAAAACUCAGCACUCAAAGAAAAACUCCCACAAAUUCCUGAAAAAGAAGAACUUGAGAAAUUGAAACAAGAAAUCAUCUAUCUUCGCAAAAUUGCAAAAGAAUUUUAUCUUCUGAAGGCACAGACCAAAACUGUUGAUGAUAAUUUAACUAUCUCUGACAGCGAAUCCGAAGAACAGAUGGAAUUAGAAGAUGAGGCCAUUCCAUCUUCCGUCCAGGAAAAAACAUCUUCGAGUGAAGAUACACCAAGGCUAAAAAAACAAAAACUAAGCUCAAAAAACUCACUCCCACUCCGCCAACCCGUGGAAUCUGAAGAAAAGGAUGCAAGUCAAGAUCAACCUGAAGUAGUUGUUAAGCGACGAGGACGGCCUCCUAAAAGUAAAAAUGAUCAGCCAAAGUAA